AUGAAUAACGCCUCUAGUCGGUAUUUGCUGACCCCUCCAGAUGAUUUGUAUCCGUAUGCGAUAAAUUCGAAUCAGGAGGAGCAAACAUAUCCCGAUUUCAAGCCUUGGGAACACACUGCGGCGGAAGAUCAAAUCCUGGUGAACUUUGUGGCCAAAGGGUUCUACCACACACCAAUGGUCAAUUUCGAAUCCAUAUCGGCGAGAUCGUCCGUCCACGAGUCACUGGCCACUCAGUCUAAUCUGCUUUCCCAGCAAUUCGACAAAAUUAUCAAGAUUAGAGAAGACCACAUUAAUAAAAUUCCCUCGCAUUCCACUACGACAUUACAUGGGCCUGGCUUUCAAUUGCCCAACAGAAUCACGCUUACUGAUCAGCGAAAGGAAACGUGGUUGCAGGAGCUGAGUUCGUCUCACACUUCAUUGAUCAAAAUUGGCAAAUUCAUUCCUCAUGGUUUGAAAAGAAGACAAGUCAUCGAACAGUGCUAUCUGAAAUUCAUACCUUUGAAAAGAGCUGUUUGGCUGAUUAAAUGCUGCUAUUUCAUCGAAUGGAAAUCAAACCAUAAAAAGAAGAGAUCAAAUACUACUGGAGUGGACGAUGCCAUCUCCAUGAAUUUGCUAAAGGACUGGACGGAUACAUUUGUUUAUAUUCUGGAAAAACUCAUUUUUGACAUGACAAACCAUUAUAACGAUUCUCAACAACUGCGUGUGUGGAAAAGACAGAUAUCUUAUUUUUUAAAGCUUCUGGGGAAUUGCUACACAUUGAAAUUGAUCAAUAAGGAAAUUUUUCAUCAUUGGCUUGUGGAAUUUAUCAACAAGAUGGAAAACUUCGAAUUCUUGCCCUUGUCUUUGCACAUUCUAAUGAUUUUCUGGAAUGAUAUCUGUCAAAUUGAAGCAAAUGUCUCUGCUGCUGCUUCGGCAACAACAAACCAAAAAGAGCCAUUCUUUUUAGUGACAAAGAUCACUGAUAUGUUACUGCAUAAAUAUUACAUUGUCUCCAGCAGUAAAUCCAUGAUUAAUGACGAAAACUACAUCAUUAACGAUAUUAAGAAAAACAACAAGAUCAAGAUGAAUAUCCUGAAGAUCUUGACCAGUUUGAUUUUCAAAAUUUUCCAGGAACAAUCUCUAGAGGUAUUUAUUUUCCCUUCAUCUAAUUGGGAAAUCUAUAAACCAUUACUUUUUGAGAUAGUGUCAAAUGCUGGUACCACUUCAAAUACUGAGAUGAAGAAAAAAUUAGAACUAAUUAGUUAUAGAAACGAAUCGUUGAAAAAUAACUCUUCCAUACGAAAUAUCACGAUGUCUAUCGACAAUGCCAAUGACUUUCAACUAACUAUUGCCAUCUGUAAACAGUUUCCAAAGUUAUCAUGCAUUCGAUUGAAUUGCGUAGACACCCAGUUUACCAAGCUUUUGGACGAUAACCCCACAGAAUUCGAUUGGCCCACUUACAUUGACCAGAAUCCCUUGACAAUGAACAAAAUAAUCCAAUUAAUCAUCUGGUCCAUACAUCCAUCAAGACAGUUUGACCAUUAUGAAUCCAAUCAACUAGUUGCGAAACUACUAUUAUUGCGAAUAAAUUCUACAGAUGAAGAUUUGCACGAAUUUCAAAUUGAAGACGCCAUUUGGUCGUUAGUUUUCCAACUAGCAAAGAAUUUUUCUACCCAGAAGAGGGUUGUAUCUUAUAUGAUGCCCUCCCUUUAUCGCUUACUGAAUAUAUUGAUUACUUAUGGUAUUAUAAAGGUUCCUACGUACAUUAGAAAGUUGAUUAGUUCCGGCUUGCUCUAUCUGCAAGAUUCAAAUGAUAAGUUUGUGCAUGUUCAGUUAUUGAUUAACCUGAAAAUUUCGCCAUUAAUGAAAAGUCAAUACAAUAUGGUGUUGAGAAACGUUAUGGAGUAUGACGUAAAAUUUUAUGAUAUUUUUAGUUUUGACCAACUUGUGGAUAUCACGGGGGAAAUCAAAGCACGAAUACUUUCAGACGAUACUACCGACUUGCAACUAACCAAAACCCCGCUAAGUAUCAAGAUUAUGGUUGCUGAAUGGUACUUAUCCCACUUAUGUUCUGGGAUCUUAUCCAGCGUUAAUCGAACCAUUUUGCUAAGAAUAUUCAAGAUUUUUUGCAUCGACCUGGAGGUGUUUCACCAUUUUUUCAAAUGGAUCGAAUUUAUUGUUUAUCAUCAACUAUUGAGUGACAUUGAAUCCCUGGAGGCAUUAAUGGACAUCUUACUAUGUUAUCAAAAAUUGUUUUCACAGUUUAUCAAUGAUCACAUACUUUUCACAAAGACUUUCAUAUUCAUCUACAAAAAAGUCUUGAGAGAGAAGGAUGUAUCUGCUUAUAAUGUGACAUCGUUCAUGCCGUUUUGGAAAUUCUUCAUGAAAAACUUCCCCUUCGUCUUAAAGGUGGAUAAUGACUUGAGAAUUGAAUUGCAGUCUGUUUACAAUGAUGAGAAAUUGAAGAUUGAAAAGUUGAAAAAUGACAAAUCAGAAGUCCUAAAAGUGUACUCCAUGAUAAAUAACUCAAUCCAUACCGUUGGACAGUCUUGGAAUUUUCCUGAGGUGUUCCAAAUAAAUAUUAGGUUUUUACUUCACAACUCCGAGUUUAAUGAUGACGAUGCAAAAAAACAAUUCCAGAGGGCACGAAACAAUGUCAUGCUUUUGAUUGCAACUAAUUUCAAGGAGUACAAUAAGUUUAUGUCAAUUUUUCUAAAAAGAAAAGAUUUUACCAAUGAAAAUCUAAUCCAACUAAUCUCGUUAAAACUCCUAACUUUUGAAGUGACUCAAAAUGUUUUGGGGCUCGAAUUUACUAUUAGAUUAUUACCGAUGAACUUGAAAAACAGUGAUAGUUGCUAUGGGUUGUUCUUAAAAUACCACAAAGAACAAUUCAUAAAGUCAAAUUUUGAAAAAAUUUUACAAACAUGUUUUGAAUUAGAUAAACAAAAGCGUGGCAUUAAUUGUAAAAUCAACUAUUAUGAAAUUUUAUUAAAAAUUUUGAUAACCUAUGGAUCGUCUCCUAAAUUACUUACGACAUCCACAAAGAUUAUUAUGCUGUUAUUAAAUGAUUGUGCAGAGAAUUCUUCUCAUAUUUUGGAGGAUAUUUUGUACUAUUCCACGUGUCCGUCAGUGACUGAUCUCAACGAUAUACCAUUGGGAAGUGGACAACCGGACGACAGCGGUGCCGGUGUUGAUGAUGAUGGCAAUGACGACGAUGAUGAUCAUACUGUCGACGAAAUAGAUCCGGUAGAAUAUUACAGCAUGAUGGAUUUUACUAAUCUUUGGAUUUUCCAGGCCUUCACCUGUUUCUGCAUUGAAAGAAUCACGGGGAAUGAAAGUUUUGGCGAUAACCAAUCAGAGAUAAUGGUGGAAGAUUUGAAGAAUUUCAUUUUUCAGGUUAUCGAAAUAACUAAUUCUAAUGAUUUAUGCUCACAAAUUUUUGAUCAACUGAAAGAUAUGCAGAUUAUUGAAGUGAUAACGCAAAUUGUGGAAAAGGAUUUUUGCACUUCUUGCUUACAAACCAAUGACCAAGCGAUGGAUGAUAACUAUAUCGUGGUGAUCAUUGAAAUCUUGACGUCAUUAUCCAAGAGGUUUCAAAGAGAAACCUCCGGUAUGGUUAACAUUUCUAUGGAAAACUAUAACCUACUAAUUAAGAUUACGAAGCAGUUAAGCGAAUUGAAUGAAACAAAUUUAUCCAAGAGAGAAAUCGAAAUAGAUGCCAUCUUGAAGAUUUUUACUUUCCAUCAAGACACUAUUUUCCGAUUCAUCGUCGUCGACUUAAGCACCGGUAAGUCCACAAUCCCAUUCAUUGAUAGCAUGUGCAAACUAUUCGACAAGAUAUCAUUUAAUUUGCGCUUGAAACUGUUUCUUUAUGAAAUUUUAUCCUCGCUGAAGUCCUUUACCAUCUAUUCGUCCGCAAUCGAUACCCCAGCAUUCAACAUGAAUGGCAAGAUUGAGCUGCCAAAAAGAUUGCUCAACUUGCCACCAUUCCAAGUGUCCUCUUUCGUCAAGGACCCCAAACCACAUAAUGGCGAUCGUGGGGAGGAAGAUGAAGAAGAUACAGAUCAAGAAGAAUCGCUAAGUUUAGAAUUGGGCAUUGGAAUAGUCGAAAUGACCCACGAAAGCGAACAAAAAUGGCUAAUCUACGACAAGAGAGACCAGAGAUAUAUUUGCGCAUUUUCUAUGGAGCCGUACCAUUUCAUUUCAAACUAUAACACCAAGUAUACAGAUGAUAUGCCUGCUGGCAGCACCGAUACAGCGGCGUUCAACGAUUCAUGUGUAAACUUGAGUCUGUUUGAUGCUCGAUUCGAAAGAAAAAAUCCACAUUGA